AUGUUGGUAGAACCCCUUCGCGAUCUGGGAACUGCUCAUCCCACCCUCGCCGCCGUUGUGGCGGCGACGGCGGCCACAGUUGUGCUGCUGCUCAUCUAUACGCACAACCCACUGGCGAAGAGUCACUACCCCUACGUCGGUGUCAACUCCGACCAUCGAGUCCUCAAGGGUAUCCGCCAGCGCCUGCACUGGUUCAAAUAUGGCCCUCGGCUCAUUCACAGCUCCUUCAACAAGUUUCCUGAUGCUAUAUUUACCCUACCGUCUCUCGAUCGCACCUCUAUUGUCCUGCCACCGCGCCAUCUCCAGGAGAUCAGAGACCUGCCCAGGGACAUUGCUAGCAACUCCCACGCGACUUCAGAUUUUUUCGUGGGCAACUGGACAAGUUUGGAUUAUGACAUAUUUGGCCAUGCCACCAUUGAUGCAAUCAAAACCCAGUACAUUGCCAAGAUUGGCCAACAGAUUGAACCUGCUGCCAACGAGGCUGCGUAUGCCUUUCACAAGCACUUUGGCUCUUACGACGAAUACACCCCUCUUAAGGCACAGCCGGAGAUUCUUCAGCUCGUUUCGCAAAUGGUAGCGCGUACCAUUGUCGGCACUGACAUCUGUCGCGAUCCUGAGUGGGUUCCCGCCGUCAUUGGCUACGCGCAAAAUAUCUUUCAGUGCGCCGUCUACCUCAAGCUUGUGCCCGACUUUGCGCGACCGUUUGUCGCCUUCUUCACGCCCUACCGCUGGCGCAUCGAGCAGUGCCGCCGCACCAUCCGGAGACUGGCCCGCCCCGUCAUCCAGCAAAAGAUGGCCUGGGCCCAGGACCGUCCCGAAUCGUGGAAGGCCCAUGUUAAGAGCGAGGAGAUGACGACUCUAGAAUGGCUGGUGGAGACGUCGAGCCCGGAAGAGUCAUCCAUCUACAUGAUCGCGCACCGCCUGACAGGUGUGAGCUUUGGCGCGGCGCACACAACCUCCAACACCAUCACCAAUGCCCUAAUGGACCUGGCGAGCGAUUUUGAGCGUUGGGCUCCGCCGCUACGACAGGAAAUUCAGGAAGUUCUCGGCGGCGAUACCGCCGGCAUGACCAACGCCGACUUAUCCAAAAUGUGGCUUCUCGACAGUUUCUUGAAGGAGUCUCAGAGGUUCCACCCACCGUCGAAGCUAUCUGUCAAUCGCAAGAUGAUGAAGGAUCAUACACUGUCGACUGGCGAUGUCCUCCCCAAAGACGCCCACGUCUGCUUUGCUGGCGUCCCCAUGUCCAUGUCGGAGGACUACUUUGACAAGAGCGAGGAGUUUGACGGCUUUCGCUUCGAGCGCCUCCGCCGCGAGGGCGAAAAGGAUCAAAACGGCCUGCAGUUUACCUCCGCGUACGGCGGCAGCCUGCACUUUGGUCACGGCCGCUACAUGUGCCCCGGCCGGUUCAUGGGCAGCCUGAUCAGCAAGCUGCUCCUAAUAGAGAUUCUGCAGCGCUACGACUUGAAGCUGAGUUCCGUUGGCCGGCCUGAGAAUAUCAUGUUCUUCGACAUGGAUAUUCCCAACCCCGAGUACGAGAUCUUAUUCAAGGACAGAGUCGUUGCGACAACGUAG